AUGGUGGAGAAUUUCUUAACCAUGAUCUUAACCAGUUCUUACAAGAUCAUGGCAUCAUACAUCAAAUCUCAUGCCCUUACACUCCCCAACAGAAUGGGGUGGCUGAAAGAAAGAACAGACACUUGUUGGAAGUCGUUUGUGCCUCUCUCUUUGGUGCCAAUAUGCCACGAUCAUUUCGGGGGCGAAGCCGUCGUCUCUGCAGCAUAUCUUAUCAAUCGGAUUCCCUCUAGUAUCCUAAAUUUUCAAACACCACUUCAAACACUUCACCGCCAUAUCCAAACACCUCCCACCCCAAAUUGGAACCCCAAAUUUUUGGCUGUGUUGUAUUUGUCCACUUACAUGAUCACUAACGAAGCAAAUUGGAUCCCCGAGCUGAAAAGUGCUUUUCAUUAG